CAAUGAGACGGGCAAAACAAAAACUAGUACUUAUCUAAUACAUGAAAAAUCUACAGAACAUUUAAUGCAAGAUUACAUUAAAAGUCUUGCUGCCAUUUGUGCUACUCCAUGUGGCUGGAACUCUGCAACCACUUUGCAGCCUUCAUUGCAGUCUCAUUUCCUUUCAUUUGCUGCCACUUGUGUAGCUCCAUGUGGUUCUCUCCCUUCAUUUCAUUUUGUUGCCACCUGUGCAGCUUUCUUUCCAUUUACUGCCUCUUGUGCAGCUUUGACACCGCAGCUCGAACACUCUUCCUUCGUGUUAAAGCUAAGGAUAACAUGACAUUAACCAAGCAUUUGGAAUCUGCCAUUUUGUAGUUCUUUAUGCUUUGGUUUGGUUUGUUGUUGCUACUAAAGCAUCUCCUUUAGCAGAUCAGCUCCUUCUUCAAUGUUGCAGCUUCAUCUUGCUUGGAUUUGCUGCUUUAACAAAUUUUUGGAGCAUUGCUGAGCUUUCCCGUUGCACCCUUGAUAGAUUUUUUCCCUUUGGACUGCUAGCUAUAGAAUCCAUGGACACCUUCUCUUUGAAUCCAGCUUUCCUCUCUUUGACAUCUCCCAUGGUGGGACUAACAUAUGCCUCCAUCUUCACAGCCUUUUUUGCUGCAAGAUUUUGGCCAAGCAAGAGGGGUUUCACAUGAAAAACCAUCUGAAAAACAAAGAAAGGU